AUGAAGCAUAUUUGGUUUGGUGAAAUUUCAGAUGUGGACGUAACCCAAGAAUUGCACCAUCUAGAGGCGAGUUUAACAGAGGAGUACGAGAGGGGUAGGAAGGUGGCCGAUUUAUACGAGUUGGUGCAGUAUGCCGGGAAUAUUAUUCCGAGAUUAUAUUUGCNCCUUCGAAAUCAUUUACUGCUCUGCACAAGAAGUCUUCUACCAGAUUUGCCUGAGUCCAACAAAGAUGAUCGUGGUAAUGUGAAUGAUGCGAUCGAUUUCGUCAUGCUGAACUUCAGCGAGAUGAACAAACUGUGGGUGAGAAUGCAACAUCAAGGACCGAGUAAAGAACGGGAUAAACGUGAGGUGGAACGGCGUGAGUUGAGGAUUUUGGUUGGGACGAACCUGGUGAGAUUGUCGCAGUUGGAGAAUUUAACAGUGGAGAUGUAUAGGAAGGUUGUUCUACCGGGUAUCCUGGAGCAGUCAGUAUCGUGUAAGGAUGCGAUCUCACAA